CAACUUCGUAUUUAAAUAAACAAAAUUUAUUUUUCGAGAGUUAAAAAACCAAAAUUCGCUUUUCGGCAAAUUUGCUUAAAAAUUCACAGUUUUCGAACACAAAAUCAAACAAAAUUAUAAUUUUCGCAAAAUCCAAAUUCUUAAAAAAGUCCCGCCUAAAACAAUAAAAGUACAAAAAUGCAUAAAUAUUGUCGCAACUUGCAUUGCAUGUGCAACAGCUGUUGCGGCGCCACAACAAUGCCGCCACGCAACUGCUCGAGCUGCAUUUGGCCGCGCCAAUGUAACGAAGAUGAGUGGAAAUGCUACAGGCGCUGCCUAACGGAUCAUUACAAGCAAACUUUGAAGCAACAUUUUGACACGCUGCUGCGGCGACGGGCGAAACGGCCGCGUCAGCCGCCAGCCUCAGUGAUGAAUUUGAGCUUUGCCAACCCAUUGCAGGAGGAAAAAACUCAGCAUUACGCAACAACAACAGAAACCCAGCCGCAAAGAAAAGCAAGCAAGAAAAAGCAACAAAAAAUCAAGCGGCCGGCAGAAAUCAUAAUCGAGCAGCCAGAUGAAUGCCGCGGCGGUCUCCUGCGCAAGCUUGCCCAAACGCCGAACUGUGAUUGUCAGCGCAUGCGCACGCUGCUCUUGCAACAAGCAGUACUUAACGAAUGCAAUUGCGAUCCGUACGACCUAUUGCCGGAAGUGCCACUCACUUUCUACCCAAAGUGGCCAGGCGGCGGCUAUUUUGAUGAUAAUACCUGUCCGUGUGUUAGGGAUGAUUCCACCGCAAAUUUUCUCAGAUAUAUCAGCAGUGACGGGCAAGGUGGUUUGAAUGUCAAACAGCUGUUGAGUAAAGAAUUCCUCACCGGCUUAAAUACAUUAUAUGCUAAUGUUGGCGGUGGCAAGGACGCUGUGUUCGGCUUUAACGAUUACAUUUGUGAAGCUGCCAGGCAAUAUGAAUUCGAAGGAUUCUUCGGUAGUUUGCCUGCGCCACUCCUCAGUGCCACACCCCAUAUUCGGCACAGGCACAGUAAACUUGUACAGCCACGCGAAUUGAAAUUGUUUAUGGAUAGAGGUACCCUCUUGAACCUCUUAACCUCCAAUCGCAGAAUUACGCAAUUCCAUUCAUUAAGAGAUGUGCUUUCCACUGAGUCAUCCAGUCAAUCAUUUAGAUAUCCUACGGAAUUCCACACGGUAAAGAAACGUCAUUUCAAAACUUCACCGAGACAGAUUCUAAGAUAUUUGGGUCGACGCAAGACUAGUAAGAAAAUUUAGCUGAACUCAGAUGAGAACAUGCAUAAUAUGUACAUACACAAUCGAUGCAUAUUAUGUAUUUAAAUUGUGAUUCGUAGGGCCAUCAUUGAGAUCAUUAAAUACCUCCUUAUUUUCACCCUUAGUAUUAUAUACUUGAUGAUAAGCUUACAUACAUAUGUGUAGGUGCAAUAUGUAUAGUUUUGUAUUUUUAUUAUUUUAUGCUCGGGAUAGAAUGUAAA